UGUAGUAAGCCUCUCGAGUCGAAAAAUAUUGAAAAUAAACUCAAAUUUGUAUUUGAGUAAUGCAUUACCUUAGCACAUUCUUAAUCGCUGUCACCUUAAGUCAUUUGCCCGCAUUUGACACCCAAUGCGUCGAUUGCAACAGAGCUUGGGGCGCAUAUUGCAACGCAAAUGUGACGGGCUUUUAUUGCAGUUUUGGUUCCAAUGUAGAGACCUACGAAAUAACGGAAGCUGAUAUGCGUACAAGCACAAUACACCCACGUGAUCGCUAUAAAGACUGCAAUCUAUAUCCUUACAGUUUUGAGUUUAUAAAGAAAUUUUGCUGUCUGUGGUCUCCGAAAAUUGGCUGCCAAGUAGCUUUAAAUAGGGAGGUCUAUCAAUACGCCAACAAUCCCGAUGCGUACUGUAUUAAAUGUCGAACACACUGCAAAUGUAUUCAGAGUAGUUCAAAUCCUCAAGCCCCUAAAUAUUUUCAUGUCUUCAGUCUGCUGUUUAUGGCUCUUCUACUCUUUUGACGGCUUCCUCAGCGCGAUGGCUUGGGAUUAAUUUGAUAAUUCGAUGUAAUCUACGGAUAGGCAUAUGAGUUUAAUUCCAAUUCAUCGACUACGCCAAACAGAGUAGAAAAUCUCAUUGGGGAUUCAUCUACACGCUAUAUAGAAAACUGAAUAUUUCCGGCUAAGACUGCGUUAUAAAUAUUGUGGGCGUUAUUCACUUUUCCUUUGAUUUUCAGCUCAAUAGGGAUGAAAUUUAAGACUGAAACAAGCUCGAUCUCCUUCGGAUAUAGGAGUAUCAAUAUACCAAAUUACAUAUCCGUAGAUCUUCUUGCUCAUACAGACAGAGAGAUGGAUAAAUAAACAAUCGACUAUGUUUGUCUUGCUUAU